AUGAAUGCCCCUGACCGCUACGAGCGAUUCGUCGUCCCCGAGGGCGUCGCCAAGGUGUCAUACGAGAGAGACACCAAGAUCAUCAAUGCGGCGUCGUUUACCAUCGAGCGUGAGGACCAUACUAUCGGCAACAUUCUCCGCAUGCAAUUACACAGGGAUGAGAAUGUACUCUUUGCUGGCUACAAGUUGCCUCAUCCCCUUAAAUACAAAAUCAUCAUUAGGAUUCACACUACCAGCCAAUCUUCACCAAUGCAGGCGUACAAUCAGGCUAUCAACGAUCUGGAUAAGGAGCUUGAUCAUCUGAAGAAUGCAUUUGAGGCUGAGUUGUCUAGGCAAUCCGUGAGGCAGUGA